ACCGCAGCAAACCAGACGAGGGCCCGUCUGUUCGUGAUUUGCUCAACGCACAACAUUCAAACAACAACAUCUGACUUGCGAGGAAUCACACGAAUGCACCGUGCGUGCGUGAUUGCAGCGAAGCCGGUAAGCGAAAGUGCAGCGCAAAACAAUGCUCGAGAAGAACAGCGAGUGGUGCUUUUUUCGGUAGUUGUGUGCAGAAAGAGGGUUCGUUCGUUUAGUUAUCCCAGACAGUGAUGUGACGUUGUGUGUAGUAAUAACUGGCCAAUUGUUACAUUAGUGGCAAACAGUGCGUGAGUGCGUGUAUUUCUUGUGAUUGUGUCCGCGAUAGUGUGGCGUUUUUUUUCCGUGGUGUUGUCAAGAUGCGUCGCAAAGUGCUGUUCCGCGCGGUGUGUGAAUGAAUUUAGUUAUGUCGUAGAGCGAUUUUUCGCUCCCCUAUUGCAUUGAAAAACGGAAGUACCGGAAAACCUUCCCUAGUGAAAAUAACCCCCCGGAAAAAAGGGCAACAAAAAAGAGGAGUGUGUGUGUUGUGUGUGUGUGAGAGGAGAUAGGUGUGUUCUCGAUAGGUUACCCUGUUCGGGCUUCUGUACAACAACGCAGCGCACCAACAUGUCGAAAACAAUCGAAACCCAUCUGCAGAGCAACGAGGUGCGAAUACCGAAAAAAUCGUCCGAAUUCGAUGUGACCACGUCAGCCGGUGGUGGUGGUGGUGGACCGCCGUGCCAGUACUUCAAGAGUUCGUUCGCCCGCUCGCUAUCAUUCAGCCAAGGGCCGGGUGGUCCAACGGGCGGUGGUGGUGGAGUGCGCGGACCUUACGGGGGUGCAGAACAGCACUUUACACGUUCGCUGGAUUUUGAUGUAAAUUACGAUCCGAUCGGUGGCGUUGAUCGAAACGAUGAUGGUGGCGGUCCCCACCAAACGAUGAUGAUGAUGAUGAUGGGCACGACACCAUCCUCCGCCUCACCCGUGUACGAGGAGGAGGGCGAAGGGAUGGUGUCACGCGGCGAAAGUGAUCCCGAUCCGGAAGCGGCGUCACUGGGCGGUAUGAAUGGAAUCGAGACCAGCAACGGUGGCAUUGUUAAAACGCUCUGGAACUACGCCAAGGGACAGGACAUCAAAUCAGCAAACAGUAGCCCCGCAAAGCGAGCCAUCUCGCUCAAAUCGAACGGUACACUCGGUCCACGAAAAUCCAUCGAAGCCAACGAAAUAGAAGUUUUACGUCUUCGCAAGGAAUGUCAGAAUCUGAUUGAGGAAAAUCGGCGGCUUGUUAGCAUAGCCAGCGGUGGAGGAAACGGCUAUGCGAUCAACGGCAUACUCAACGGUGGUGGAUCCGGCAGCCUGUCAACGCUGGGCAUGGGAGUCCCGAACGGUGGAAGCUACAGUAGUGUUGAAUCUGUGAUCCUGCAAACUCAAGUCGAAACGCUACAAUGGCAAUUGAAGCAGGUCGACUCCAGCCGACACAUGUACCGGGCCGUGAUGGAGGAAGUAGUACGGUUUCUGGAUCGCUGCUAUCGCUCCCUGGAUGCGCUACAGAGCGGCCAGAUCGGACGAUCGAAGAGUGUGUUACAGGUGUCGAAAGCUAGUGGUGGCGGCGCUCAACACCAUCAUCAGCACCAUCAGCAACAGCAGCAUCACCAGCACGACUCCGACAGUAGCAGUGCGAGUAGUCCGCGGGCACGCAGCAGCACCAAUCUGGUAGAUGUGCAGCAGAAGCCCUACACCACCAAAGCGGGAGGAGCGACAGGCCAUAAUGGGCGGCUAGAUCAUCAGCAUCAGCACCAACCGUCAUCGCUGACAUUGAUCAACGGUGCAUCGUCGGCAGCGAGUCAGCAUGCCGCACCGUCAACUCUUCACGAGGACGAUUGUGUCGUUCCGCCAUCACCUGCCAGCUCCUACAGCACCUUUAGAGAUUUUACCUGGCGACGCUCACCGAAACGAACCCAGACUCUGCCAAUUUCCAGCAACGAAGUUGACCCGGAGAAGCUGGCCCAGGAGGCGUUCCGUUUGCUGCGGACGGUGCAAAACUUGCUCAAUACCCAGGAGCCGACGCUGGCCCAAUCGACGAACGCACUGGACAGCCUGAUCUCGGCAUCAACGGCGGCAUCCAGCUGCGGCAGUAGCACCACGCUCACCGGUGUCGGUCUGUCCGCUUCCGGCGCGAUGCUCGGCAGCACCCCAACGCUUACCGGAACUGGCGGCGGUAUAGGUGAUGGUGGCGGCGGAGGAGGUGGCAGAAGUGUAGGAGUAUCGAAUGGACACGGGGGAGGAGUGGGAGGAGGAGGAGUAGGAGGAUUGGGAGGUGGAGGUAACCAUCCGCUAGUAAACACCCGUAGUACGGUAGGCUUCAAUCGGAAGCUGAACAUGCGUGGCAGUCGACUAUCGGUACGGAGCAGUACAGCCGACUCGGUACACUCGACGUCGUCCUCCACGAAGACAGAAACCGACGAGGAUAAUACGGAUCGUCCUUCACCGCCGCUGCUACUGUCACACCACCACCAUCUGCUGCACCAUCAAUCGAACGGUGGCGUAAACGGGGUGAAUGGAGGUGGGGGAAGCGGUGUUGGUGGUGGCGGUAGCAGUAGCAGCAGUUGCAGCAGCAGUACCUCCGGCAACGGUAGUAUCAAUGGGAAUGGGAACCAUCACCACCACCAUCAUCACCAUCACCACAAUCCGGCCCAUCGGUACAGUGCCAACAUCGAGCGGAUUAAGGAGAUGAUGAUAUCCAGCUCGGCAGAGGACGAGAGUGGCUUUAGCUCGAUGAACUCGUUCCAGGAGAUCGGGCUGCCACUGAUCAACUCGACGAUGCUGUCCUCGGUGGGAAGUAACCACGGCGUUAGCAACGGAUCGCUUGGCGAAGGAUCCACAUCCUCGAACGAGGGUGGGCAUAGCAGCAGCAACGGAGGAAGCAGCGGAGGCGUCAACAGUGCGUUCGGUGCGUCGGAAGAUUCGUCCGAGUUGCGUGAGAAUACCGUCAUCCCAACGGCGCAGGCCAGGAAUGGAGGAGCCGCAAAUGCUAACGGCAGUGCCAACAAGCUAGGCAUUCCGUCCUCUCCUUCCAUCAAAUCGUCCAAUCCAUCGAAUGGAAGUAAUUCUUCUGCCACAGCGGUUGGCGGUACCGCUGCCGCCACCUCGUCCGGUACGUGUACUUCCAGCACGGGAUCGCCGCUGCGUGCCACACAAACGGCCAGCUACGAGCAUCAUACGCAUUUUAUCAACCAUCGUCGCUGGGACUCGGCGCCGGUUGUGCCGCCCAAGCUGAAGAUUCACGCCAGCGAAACCGAUACCGUGUCGCGGGUGCUCUGGGUGUAGCAGAGAUAGAAGCGACCGGUAGGUGGUGGUGCAGUCACCGAACGUCGUCGCCCCGUAGGUUUCCUCGCAUUUCUUUCCCACUGCAUUUGUGCACUGUGAGUUCGGAUCUCGACCGAGUGUGUGGUAGGUUCUCACUACCUGCGUGUGUAUUUUUUAAGCUUGUCAGUUUGUCUUUGAGUUUCAGAGUUUUUCCCCUAUCUUGUUUCUUUUGUAUAUAGAAGUUUACCAAGUGGACUGUAGUGUUCUUUGUGCUUGUUGUUUUUGAAAUCCUUUCAAUCUGACAGUUAUGAUUUAAAAAGAAAAACCCACUUUCCAAAGAACAAACGCGAAGAGAGGACAGUCUGUGCGAACGUACUUAACGAGAAUAGUAUAUCGAGUAUCUGCACGUGUAGGAGGAUUAUCAGUUGCAUUUAAUUCAAGCCGUUACAGAAAGCCGUUGUCUCUGGAUGUGGAUGUGUUUUUCCCGAUGAAGAGCAUUCAUAUUACAGAGAAGUGCUGUAUAAUUGUACGCGACAGUUACGAAUCAUUUUAUCGGUCCUGAUGUAGAAAAGAUGAAGUAAUGAAGGUAUCAGGUAUAGUUAUUGUACGGAUUAGUAAGUUUGGCUCUGCGCCUGCAUUUACAAGAGAUUGCAGGCUAGCGAAUGUAUAGGUACAAUGGAAACGAUUUGCUAGUUGAGGUCCGCUACCAUAACCUCCUGAUGCGCGCUCUCCUUGAUAUACUUGUCAUGCCAAGUAUUGGGAGUAAUGCCGAACAGUAAUAUCUUAACAGAAAACACGUAAGAUUUUGAAGCGAAAUAACGUAAUAAUUGUAUGAAAUAUUAAUAAACGGUGAGCGACGCGUAGAACGGCGGGAUUCCUGUUUUGUUUUAUACACGCAACACAACCAAAGCUGACAGCGGAUGGCACGGAUUCGGACGCAAUCGGACUGGAGAGAAUUAACACAAACAUGGCUUCCAAAAUAUGAUGAUCCGUAAAGUAGAGCUAAGCAGUGGAAUUCAUCUUCCUUUAUAUAUUCUUAGAUCGCAAGUAAGAGUUGAAUUCGCGCAGUGUGUAAGGCUCUUGUUUUUAAAUUAUGAUUUUUCAACGUAUAUUAUGGCAUCAUAUGCGAUACUUUUAAACAUGCAACCGAUUGCAACGUUCGAAUAAGUGACGGAGAGAUAGGGAAACGCAGAGUAACAUAGUUUUCUAACCAGCAAAAAAGGGAUAACGAAAUAUCGGUAGAGAAAUAGUUGAAAAAUCGAAUGCCGUAAGUAGCGUCUCGAUCGCGCCGUAGUGUGUUAGUUUGUAAAUGAUGUCAGUAUCGCAUAAUACGAAUAACGUCCACAGCAUUUAAGCGCGCGAAUCAAUAAACAUACAUUGGAGAACA